GUCCACAUUGUUAAUUUAUUUAUUGAUGUACCUGGUGUAGCCAACGGUCAUCAACUGGUUCCCAUCCACUCGUACGUCAUCAAUGGUGGAGUAAACGUUCCUCCGUUUGUAAAUUAGUCGAUCGGGCGCGAGAUAAUUAAGCGUGUGUGGGUGGAUAUGUGGCUAGUGCAUCAAUGAAGACGCGACAAUUCAUCAUCUCGUGGAUUAAUUCAAUCAAUUCAAAACCCACAUCCUCUUCGAUAAGAAAAUCAACAAAUUUGAAAGUUCUCCGUCGCGAUUGCUCCACCCGUGAUGCAGGCGAGUCGCCGGCGUCGAGGAUCGCAUUUUCAAUUGUUCUAUUCGACUAUUCGACUGACAGAGUAAUUCAUUAUGAAUGAAUCUAACGAGCCAUUUGUCGCGAAAGUAGUGGAGUGAGAGAUCGAAGUGAAUGGAAUCGCGCGCGUACGAGUUUAAUGACCCAGAUUUGAAGAGUGCGAGGGGUCAAAGGACUUGAGGCGAAUUGCUGCUGGUUGAAAUGGGACGCGGCCUGGACCGCUGCUGAAUAUUAUUUCGACAAUGUCAAAUACCAAAAGUAAGUCGCAACAGCAGCAUCAGAACGGGCAGUCUGUAGGGCAGAUUGGUAAACAGAGUGAGCCGAUACCACCGCAGUAUCAGCCGCCCCCUCAGCCCAGUGGAAUACUGAAGAAUAAUCCGCACUUCAAUAGUAACGUGGGUGUACCAACUAGCGGUCUGAUAAGUCCGAGUUUAAUCGCAUCUGGGGCACUCGGGGGUAAUCAGGGAGGGCAGAUUAGAGGUAAAGAUGGUCAGGGAAAACUCUCGCCCAAGAUUGACUUUGUAACGGCACCGAAAAACCCGAGCCUGCAUUCCUCGGCUUUUUAUCCGUCCAAAGUACCUCAGGGACAGUUUUUAUCACCCAAUAGUCAGUAUCCACCUCCGAGUGGGGUGACGGUCCAACCACCGACGAGGAACAGAAUCAGUGACGACGAAUUUUUGAGAUUGGGACCUGUGGAGAUGCUCAAGUUCGUGAGGAAGACUGAGAGCGAUAUUGCUAGACUUGCUGCUGAACAGAAUCGACAGAUACAAAAUUUGCUGAGUGAAUUACGAGUACUGAAGGAAGCAAAUCAGAGGCUGAGCGAUGACAACCAGGAGUUGAGGGACCUCUGCUGCUUCCUGGACGACGAUCGUCAGAAAGGUCGGAAAUUAGCGAGAGAGUGGCAGAGAUUCGGGAGAUACACUGCAAGUGUUAUGAGACAGGAAGUAUCGGCUUACCAAAAUAAACUCCGACAGUUGGAUAAUAAGCAGCAGGAGCUCAUUAAGGACAACCUUGAACUCAAGGAAUUAUGUUUGUAUUUGGAUGAGGAGAGAGGCGGGGGACAGAGGGACGACGGGGAUGGCUCGAGCUCCAGCACCAACGCGGAAGAGACUGUGCCGACAAGUAGGUCAAGGAACGCUGCUGCGACCUUCAAUGAUCAAACAAUGCAGUAUGUGAGGAGUUUAGAGCAACGAGUGAAGCAAUUGGAGGAGGACAAGAGUAUUUUACAAGCGAGGGCUCAGAACAGAACCCCUCAGGGCCCCACAGCCGCGACUGCAACAGUGCCAGUACCCUCAGACCCUCUCUGGGAGCCACCUGCCAUCCCCAGUGAGAAUCAGCCCCUUGGGGGACGUCCAGAGGCCGUUGUUCGCGCUCUCCAGGUUCUCGAAGUCAGAGAACAGCUGGAGAGAGAGGCUGGACACGACGGGGAGAAGGCACUCAUUCGAGAAAUGUGUAACGUUGUCUGGAGAAAACUCGAAGAGGGUCCUCAGCCGAAACGCUGAUAAUUAACACGAUUAAUUCCACAACCACUGCCUUCCAAUGUAUUACUACUAAUUCCUUCCAUGUAGAUAUCCUUAAGGACAAAAUUGUUGGAUUAUGUUAGAAAAAUCAUGUUCACGAUCGAGAGACACUUCCAAACAUGAAAUUUAUAAGCGUUAAAUUUUUAUAAGAUAAAUUAUUGUU